CACUGAGUUGCGGUCAGCUAUGAACUUCAGUCCUUCAGUCUGCCGCGAACAGGCGAUGAAACGCACGCCUGUUAAGGAAUUUUACAUCGAAUGUAUAAAACUUCGCGCUGUGAAAUGUGUGUCUGAAUUUCUUGCGAUUUGUGCAGUGGCUUUUGUUCUGUGUUUGUGUGUGAGUGUUUUUUAUUUGAAAAAAGGUUUAAUACAUUCGUGAUGUCAUUUUGAAAAACAUUUCCUAUUAAAAGAUCCCUCGGUGAAGGUGGACCUGGCAGCCAUGACGUCUCCUAACAGCAUAAAGUCAGGCCGGUGUUGCUUGGAGACAAUGGUGGAAGUUCCGUCAACGGCUGGAGAUGAAGACGUCGAGCCGUGGUCGCCUGGAAAUUGUCAAAGCUGUCAAACCAGUGAAGUAAGACCUGAGACGUCAACCCGCUCACCUCCUCAAAGCGAAAGACUCCCUGGAGACGGCGCCAGUUCCUCAGUGCCUGAUGACCAGAACCGUGCGAGUGACGACGGUCGUUCGAGUCGAAGUGUUAAUCCAUUCAGAACGAACAAUGAUCCAGUCGACACGGAAGGUAUGCUGCGUACUCCGAAACACUACAAAGGAAUUUACUGGCCCUCGAUCACAAACACUUUUAAGGAAGAAAAAGUAGAAUGCUCCUACCAAGGAUACUCUCGGAGACAACGUCAGAAAUCACUGAUAAUGGUCAAUAUAAUCGAUUUUGUAUUAAAGAUUUGUUUGGCGCUUAUAUACACAGUAACGCAGCGGGAUAACCCAACACCGAUCCAGGACAUGGUUCACAAAAUAGUCUGGAGUGUGGCCUUCGCGUGGCUGAACAUCGGGGUCUGUCUGCUCGGAUGCUGGCGGUGCUUCGCCAACAACUACCUGCACUGGGCAGCAGCGGCUACUUGGAUACUGUUAAUUGCUCAAGGUAUAAGCGGACAGGGAAUCGGCUUCCAGACUCCUCAAAACCAGGUCUGGUAUAUGCUGUUCGUGGUGUUCGUUCCCUAUGCGAUGCUUCCGCUCUCACUCGUGUGGUGCAUCGUGAUUGGAAUUCUAUCGUUUCUGUCUCACAUCCUCGCGACGGCUGUGGACAUAGAGAACCUGGAACAAAAUAACAUGAUUCAGGCGGCCAGUUCCUGCAGUAUCCGUCUACUAACCGGCAAUGCGCUUCUAUACAUUGCUGUAAACUUUGCGGGUAUGUACGCCAAAUCACUAGCUGAUUGGGGCCAGAGAAAGGCCUUUCUGGAGACUCAUCGCUCGAUGGUCACCAGACAACGAACUAAAACAGAGAGCGACAAGCAAUGGAACUUAUUUCAGAGCGUAAUCCCAGACUUCUUAGCCAAGGAGAUCUACAGCCAUGUUUCAAAGGUGAAAGGGGAUUUCCAAGAGCAGCAAUUCAACAAUCUUUACAUACAGAGACAUGAAAACGUGUCCAUACUCUACGCAGACAUAAAGGGUUUUACUGAGCUAUCAAGUAAGUGCAACGCUCAAGAAUUGGUCAAAUUAUUGAAUGAAUUGUUCGCUAGAUUCGACAAAUUGGCUUCGGAGAAUCAUUGUCUCCGAAUCAAGUUGCUCGGUGAUUGCUAUUUCUGCGUGAGUGGUCUGACGGAGCAACGCGCCUCACAUGCGUACGAUUGCGUCAACAUGGGCCUGCAUAUGAUCCGGGCUAUCCGUGACGUCCGUUACAAUACACAGGUGGACCUGGAUAUGCGUAUCGGCAUCCAUAGCGGCACGGUGCUGUGCGGGGUGCUAGGUCUGCUCAAGUGGCAGUUCGACCUUUGGUCCUAUGACGUCACACUCGCCAACCACAUGGAGAGCGGGGGCUUGCCCGGACGAGUGCACAUUUCGUCAGCAACAUAUGAGUGCCUGUGCGGUGCUUUCGAGGUGGAACCUGGUGACGGAGCCUCCAGAGAUCCUUACAUCAAAGAACAGAACAUCACCACUUACCUGAUAAAAGCGACGGAGCAGCCUCGGAGAGCCAGGCACCCUUCUCGCAACGGUUUUCCCUUAAGCCAGCAGAUCUGGACGACAAUGACGCGUCGUCCAAGCGGCAGCAUCGAUGACGAAACCACGACCGACUGGACCCCGGAAAUGCCGUUUCAGAACUAUUUAACUGGUGGUACAACUACAAGGGCACGGUUGGACAUGUUCCGAGUGGGUCAAGAAGCCGAGGUGGAGGAGGACGCCCCAGUCUCAGAUGUUGAAGAAGGCGAUAUUAUUAAUCACUCGAUAGAGGUGGAAAGCAAUCGCCGGAUGCGCGUGGACAACAUGCGCGCGGUCUCGCUGCGGUUCAGACGGGCGUCCCUCGAACGAAGCUUUGGAGAGCUGGACGAGCGGACCUUCAAGUCUAACGUGCUCUGCUGCUUCGUACUCUGGCUCUUCAAUGUAGCCGUCCAGGCGGUCAUACAUUACAAUUGCUGGAUCCUGAUGAUAAUAUUGGCGAACAUGACAAUCCCGCUGGUGAUAUCAUUCGUGCUGGUGAUGAUGGAAGAAUUCCCGAGACUGUCGCCGCGACUGGCAAAGUUUUCGGCUGCUCUAAGUGCGACCACGCUCAGGAGAAACAUACAUAUUUGCUGUUUCAUCAUGAUUAUGUCUGUGUCCAGCACAAUAAAACUGUACGUUUGUCCGUCAUCUUUUCCGCCGACUUCGUACAAUGGAAGCUACACGUUAAACACCACGUUCUGUGAGGAUACAAACUCGACGAUGUGCGCGGUCGAAGCCGGCGAAUGCUAUCGUCCGGAAUACGUGGUUUACACGUGGGUCUUGUGCCUGGUCGCUCUGACGUCAGUACUGAAACUCCACUACCAGAUCAAAACGUUACUGGCCAUCAUAGACGUUCUCAUGUUCUGCGUUUUGCUCUUGAAGAACUACGACGUUUAUUAUUUCGUCACGAACGAGGGUGCUACAAAUCAACUGCCAGCGUAUGUCCAAAUGUUAAUACUAAUGGCAAUGUUCCUCGCCGUUGUCAUUUACCACGGGCGGCUGGUGGAAGUGACGUCACGUCUCGACUUUCUCUGGAAACUUCAAGCGGAGACCGAUCUCGGAGAAAUGGAGGACACACAGAGAAUCAACAGACAUCUACUGAAGCACAUAUUACCUGACCAUGUCGUAACACACUUCUUGAGUAAAGAUCGGUGUCCUAAUGAACUGUACUCGCAGUGGCGCGACGAGGUGGGAGUGAUGUUCGCCGGCAUCCCGAACUUCCACGAGUUCUACUCGGAGACGAAGGCCGUCGACUGCAUGCGGUUGCUCAACGAGAUAAUUAGUAAUUCGCAAUCCGCAGUUGAUUUCGACAAGCUGUUGAUGGAGGAGCGGUUCAAGAGCAUCGAGAAGAUCAAGACCAUCGGAGCCACUUACAUGGCCGCCAGUGGACUGGACCCCGAUGUUAAGUCUGGUGCUGACGAGUGCGCGCACCUGUGUGCGCUCGUGGACUACGCGUUUGCGCUGCGCGAGGCUCUGGAUGACGUCAACAAGCACAGCUUCAACAAAUUUCGCCUCAGGGUCGGUAUCAGCUGUGGACCUUUGGUGGGCGGCGUAAUCGGUGCUCUGAAACCGGUCUACGACAUCUGGGGGAACACUGUGAACGAAGCUUCGAGAAUGGAGAGCACAGGCGCUAUGGACAAGAUACAAGUCACCAAAUAUACUAAACAGUUGUUAGAGGUUCGCGGAUACGGCGUGGAGCGCCGUGGUUGCGUCGAGGUGAAGGGCAAGGGGCGCAUGGAGACGUGGUGGGUGGUGUCGAGGCGGGGCGCCCCGCGUCCCCCGCGCCGCCCCGCGCCCCACCCCCGCUCCCUCGCCGCGCUCGUCUACACUAUGCUGCAGGCGAGAAAGCGCAUCUACACGCACCCUCUAGAUGCCACGCAUAUCGUGAAUCGAAGCGACAGCAUGCGGCCGACCCGCGUGGACACUGCGCCCAGCGGCUCCAACCGGCGCCGCUCAGAGCUGCGGCGGGCGCGCACGCGGCACAACGACCGCCAUGCGGACACGGAGCUGAGGGCGUUGGGUCGUCAUUCCGCGUCGGCGCCGCACACUCCGACGGCGACGCACUGCCCGCCGCCCCCCGACCCCCCGCAACUGUCCACCAUCACCAGGAUAGCCCGGUUGAAAGCUAACAGCUUCACAUUCCGGUCGCGGCCCAGAGAUAAGUCUCCCAAGAUCCGGGAGCAGCCUAACGAGGGAUCCGGUACAUCACUAGCGAACGGAACGCCUGGCUCGUUCCGCAUCAGGUCGGUGACGACAGCGUCGUUCUUCAGAAGCCGAAACAAAGACAAGAGGAGCAAGGAGCAAAUAGAUACUGAAACCAGGAGUGAAGGAGUGGAAAACGGUGACGCCUACACCACCAAAAUGUAACAGAAUUAUAGUAUGUACGGGUAGUAAGGACGUAAUUUUAAUUUGAUAUUUUCCCGUAGUUUUUUUUUUGUUGGCCACACUUAAAUAAAAUGUAUAAAAAUAUAUGUAAUAUUGGCAGCAUAUGGUAGUACAUGAGUUUAGAUGCAAUUUUGAUACAAUUAAUUGAGCGACUCAGGUUUUGGGACAUAAAUAAAGUUGAAUCAGGUAAUAGUGAUAGUUUAUAUUCUCAAAGCAUCUACAUUUUGAAUGUCACAAUGUUGAGAAUACUUAAAGAAGGUGAACCUAGCUUCCUGAGUCAUCUAAUAAAGAAAAGUUCCUUUAAAAUGUAGUAAAACAGGAAAUUGUGUCGUCUAUUUAGUGAUAAUGUUUUUUUUUUGUUAUUUGUAUCGAAUAGGUAAAUCGAUUUGUUUUAAUCGAAACAUGUCGAUCAUGAAAUUAACUUAUUACUAUAUAAGGGAUAUGUAAUUCGCUAAGCGAUUUUAUUUUAUAUUAAUUAAAUAUUCAUGUUAGUCAGAAUAGCACAAAUAUUUAGAUUAUGUAAUGAUUUUUGUCCUAUAACAAUAUCCAAGCAAGUAGUUAAGUUAACAUUAAAAUUUUAUGUUGCCUGGCAUCAGAAAUUUAAAAAAACGUAACAAUUUUACCCCAACCAUGUAUCUUAUUUGUAAUAUAGUCAAAAAUAUCUCAACUCCAGCUCUCGACAAACAGUAUAACAAUAUUUAUCCACAGAAAUAUGUUCGUGAUGAAAAGGCGCCAUAAUUUUCACUGAAAAUAUAUAAUACUAUAAUCUAUUGUAAAGUGCGUGCCAUAGAUAUAACUUUAUUAAUUUUUAUUGAGAUUUUAUACCUUAUUUAUCUUGUACGUGUAAGCCUAAUUUUUUUAAAUAAUUCACUAUCAUAGGAGCGAAAUAUUACCAAAUGUAUGUACUGUCCAUUGUUUUCGUAUGAGAAUUUUCAAAGGAUAUUAAAUAUGGCGAAUAUUACGCAAUGAAAUCCAUUAAACUAGUUAACAACUUGAAAUUUUGAAGGUCUUAGAAAACUUUUACCUUUUCUAAGUAUUAUUUUAAAUAUGUAAAUGUUUUGUAAGUAAGUGUAAUUUAAGAGUAUCAUAUAAUAAUAUACCAAAGUAUGAAAUAUUAGAAUAUGCACAAAUGCAUUUAUUAACUUAGGUUAGUCUUCAAAUUUAAGGGGAUAAAAUACGCUGAAACUUUAAUAUGUUCUAUAUAAUUGUGACUAUAGAUGGCUUGUAAAGAAAUUAUUUAGAUUAGAUAAUAUUCCUAAAUAAUUUAUAAUCUCUGUUAGUGGUCUUGUUAUGGAAUAAACAAGAAAAGAAAGAAUUUAAUAAGCGGGCUCGUUAUUGGAUAAAUAUUUUGAGGAGUGGCACGAUGAAUUUCCACAACAAUUAAGGUCACUUAGGAACAAAUGAUCUGAACCAAAAUAAGAAAAUAAUUUAAAGUUACAAAAAAUUAGAAGGUUCUCCGUUUAAAAAGUACUUCAAAAAGUGUUUUUUUUUUAUUAAUUUGACAGGUUUUUUUUGCUUAAGGAUUUCAAACGUAACAUUUAAACUGUAAAUUCAAAGUUUUUCUGAUGCACGCGAAUCUUCAAUUAAUAAUCAAGUAUUUUGUUUUUAAAUCACAAUUUAGUUAUAAAAUUGUCUGUGGCUAUUAAAAGUGAUAGGAUUCACGCGAUACGGCUUUGGACAGAAAUCGAAUCGGGUUGGUUGCCAAAGUGACAUUAUCUAUGAAAAUACCUAGUCAGGUCAUAAAUUCUGUCACAUGUUUAAUGUAAAAUAAUUGAAACAAGUUUAUCCAUUAUGUAACCAUUCAUAUACCAAAAUGAACUUAACAAAACAUAGAUUCUUAUGACACUAAAAUUUAUUCAAAAUGACAUCCGUGAUUUUGAAUACAGGCCUUCAAUCUGCGCGGCCAGUCGUCUAUCGCAGCACGAACGAGGUCCAUGUCAAUAUCGGCGGCUGCCUUAAUCAAGGAUGUCUUGAGUGACUCCAAAUUUGGAUGAGGCUUUGAGCACGCCUUUUUCUCCAAGUGUUGCCAUAUCUUGUAAUCUAACGGAUUCAAAUCUGGACUGGAGGAGGGCCAGUCUUCGUGCCGGAUGAAGUCGAUUUCACGCGCCGCCAGCCAGUCUUGUGUGCUCUUCGCUCUAUGAGCUGGCGCCGAAUCUUGUUGGAAUACCCAGUGCCUAUUAUUGAACAUGGUAUGAGAAACAGGUUCCACAAGGUUCGUCAGGACUGUAUUUUGAUACACAACUGCAUUCGUUUUUACACCUUUCUCACAAAAAUGUACCUCUGUUAAGCCCCAAUAAGAAACUCCCAACCAUACCAUGAGCGAGAAUGGAAAAUGACCUCGUUGGACACGCGGAAUACGGUUGCUGGCUUCUUCACUACUGUGUGCGUACACCUUAUCAUUUUGUUUGUUGUAGCUCUCUUCUACGGUAAAAAUUUUUUCAUCCGAAAAAAGAAUUUCCCGAUAUUUUUUCCCGCGUACCGCUUCAACAAAGCGCGGCAUCUCUUCAGUCUCAGGUCCAUUAGACGAGCAUUCAAACGAUGUCCUGUUUUUCUUCGAUAUGCCCGAAGCCUUAAGUCUUCAUUUAACACCCUUUUCACCGUGGUUCUGCUUAACCCCAUCUGAAGGGCCAACAGUUUCUGCUUACGUUUGGGAUUUCUUUGAAUUCGCGCCUUCACAGCUUUUAUCACUGCUGGAGUCCUAACAGACCGAGGGCGACCACUUCUUGACCUGUGAUCUACACUAGAGUCUUCAUUGUAUCGUUUGAUGGUACGAUAAACGAAUCUUUUGGUUAUAUUCAAAUUUUUCAGUAUGUUAAAAAUUUGAAUUGGCACGUAACCGCAACGAUGCAACGCAAUAACUGCAACACGGUCUUCUUUAAGAGUCUACUCCAUAUUUAAAAAUGAGUAAAAUUCUAAAAGUAUACAUUUUCAUUUUCAUGAACAAUUCGAAAUUCGAAUUCAAUAAACUUUUUUGUGGCCAGCAUUCUAAAAGAAAAGUUUUUACUGUGUGACAAUACUUAUGACCUGACUAGUUAUAAUUUAGCGAACUAGGUACAUGCCAAUUGACCCGUGUUUGAGUUAGACAGUGAAGUAAUAAUAUCAUGUAUAUAAAUAUCAUAUCGAACAUAUUUUGUUUUAGCAUAUACCAUAUUUAUUUAUUUUACCAUCGUCGUCAUAAAAUACCAAAGAAACAUGAUCUCAUCAGCUCACGUGAUGUUUGAUCUGAGUAUAUUUUAAACUGUUCACGGUUUUUUUUUCUGUAUUAUGAAUUUAUUUGUAAAUACAUAGCGGUAAUCUACCACCGGAAAGUUUCGACGACACGAGCAGGUCAGAUGUGAAUGCAUCAUUCGAUUACCUUCAACUGUUGGCGAUAAGAAAACAUUGACGAAACUCGUAACAAUGUAUAAAGUAGGCAAAACAAUAAUUUCCUUACACUUCUGCCAACUCUUAUUAUAAAUACUAAUAAUUUAAUUUUUUUUUAAAUAUGUACAUCGUAUUUAAGUGACGUUCUAUUACAAAUAAAAUGUAGAUAAGAAGUAUUUAUAAAAUGAAAGAUGUGAUAGGCACAAGGCAGAUUAUCAUCCCACAGUGAUGACAAAAUAUAAUACCCAGGAAAGUGUAAAUUAAAAAUUCUAAUCAAGUAACUAAAUUUAACAAUAAACUAUGUUAUUAUUACGAAAUAAAUUAUUUUAUAUAUAUAGGCAAAGACAGAGUAGUUAAGAGCCACAUUUCAUCCUUUGUUUUGAGCCAAUUUUAUUUUGCUAUUCAUAAGUUUUAGUUUUAAAAAAAAAUAUGUAACUCUUUUUUUCGAAACAUCAAUAGCAAAGCAUGAAAAAAUGUAAUUUAAUUAAUCUAACUCUUAUGGUAUCAAUGAUUAUGGUUGAACUACAAUCAUCGGGUAACACUAGUUAAAUUAAAAUGAUUCACAUAGCUCUGUAUAUUAAUAAUAAACCAAAUUCAAGAAAGCAACGUGAUUUAUUGUUGCCUGUAAUGAAGAGAAAAUAUAACUAAUACAAGCUGUAUGAUAAAGUCGAAAGCUCAAAAAAUUGCCAGCACAAAAUAUCGUCUAAAAGAACUUCCAUUUGUGUAUAUUCCAUUUGAGUUCACAACCAGAAGAUUGUUAAUUCGAUACUUAUUUUUUUAAUUAUUGUUGUAUAUAUGCAGCUUAUGUUCCGGGUUUGGGUUGCAUAAAUAUUUAAAUGUUAUUACGACUAUUAACUUCGAGUCAAUUGUUUGACCACAGAUUAUAAUAAUACGGAUGAGCUCAAUUUUGAUAGUUUCUUUUAUCAAAAUUUUAAGCAUAGGACCUAUUUUUGGUUUUUUUUUUUACGAAAAAAAUAGGCAAAUGGAAUAUUUUAUUUUUAAGUUAAGAAUAUCAUAGAUCUGAUUAUUUAGAGUAUAUAUUAUGUAAUUUGAAGGUAUAAAUAAAACAUUGUGUCAAAGAUUAAUGAAAAGCCAAAUAGGAUCUGUGAAAUGAUUGUAAAAGCAAAACGAUGUACGAAAUGAAAAUACCAAUAAAUGUUUCAAUAUAA